AUGGCAGAACAGCACGAGAAUGAAAAUGAAAACAAUAACGACAACGAUAGCUCAGAAAAUUUAAUAUCAUGUUCAGAAAGCACCGAAAUGUUGAUCCAGGAAAGUGCGAGGGAUCUUUUCGAUAUCGUAAAAUCUGGAGAUUUACCGAGUUUGGAAAAUCUUCUAGAGCGAUUAGAUCCUGAUGUUUUAUCUGCCACAGACAUGCAUGGUUAUACUGCAGCGCACUGGGCAGCCCUGGACGGGCAUGUGAGUCUGGUUCGGUGUCUAGUCCGGCACAGUGCACCUGUCGAUCUUUCUUGCUUGGGAACCCAAGGACCCAGACCUAUUCAUUGGGCUUGCAGAAAGGGUCAUGUGGCAUUAGCGCAAGUUUUACUGCAAGCGGGAGUUAGUGUAAAUGCGGCGGAUUUUAAAGGUUUGACCCCUUUAAUGACUGCUUGCAUGUAUGGCAGAACUGCGACGGCAGCUUUUUUUGGAAUGGGAGCCCUAAAUCAUUUAACAGAUAUAAACGGUGAUACAGCUCUUCAUUGGGCUGCUUACAAAGGACAUGCUGAUCUCAUUAGAUUACUCAUAUAUUCCGGCGUAGAGUUGCAAAAAACGGAUAAUUUUGGUUCUACACCGUUGCACUUGGCUUGUUUAUCAGGUAAUUUGACCUGUGCCAGGCUUCUGUGUGAGAAAAAUCACAAUUUGGAACCCAGAGAUAAAAAUGGAAAGACCCCUUUGAUGUUGGCGCAAGGGCAUAGGCAUCACGACAUCGUACAGAUGUUGCGGACUGAACUGAAACGUAAAUCUCGAUGGAUUCCACCGAUUUCAGAAAUUUGGGGUCUUAUAUUUGGAGGCGCUGGUGAUUCUAAGGGACCUUUGCUUUUAUUUAUGGGAUCCGUAUUAUUAUGGGGAUAUCCAAUGUAUAUAAUCAGAUGUAUACCAAUUACAUGGAAUAUUCUACGUCGUUCGCAUUAUUGUUUUAUAUAUUGGAACAUUGUGAUGUGGCUGAGUUGGAUUAUAGCUAAUAGAAGAGAUCCCGGAUAUAUAGCAAUGAAUUCCGAAACAUAUUAUCGAGCUAUAAAACAAAUUCCAUAUUAUGAUAAAUGCAAAAAGAGGCAUUUAGUAUUAUCAAGACUUUGUCAUAGCUGUAGGUGUCUCCGACCUCUUAGAGCAAAACAUUGCAGGAUUUGUAAUCGCUGUGUUUCAUUUUUUGACCAUCACUGCCCAUUUAUCUACAAUUGUGUCGGUUUGCGCAAUAGAACAUGGUUCUUUCUAUUUGUGAUGAGUAUCGCCAUCAAUUGUUCGUUUACGAUUUAUUUUGCAUGUUAUUGCGUAAUGAUUGAAGGAUUUGGUUUAUUAUACGUUUUGGGUCUUAUAGAAGCAGUUGUAUUCUGUGCUCUGGGAUGGAUAUUGACGUGCACUUCGAUUCUCCACGCUUGCAUGAAUUUGACGACAAAUGAAAUGUUUAAUUACAAGCGUUAUCCUUAUUUGCGAGACAAACGCGGUCGAUAUCAAAAUCCUUUUUCAAGAGGUCCUUUCUUAAAUUUGAUUGAAUUUUUUGUAACCCUUCCCGGUGAAACACUUGCAGAAGAUCAGGAAUUGCUUGUGGAUGAGUCGAUCUGAGGAACAGCCGGAAAAUCCGGGAAAAAUCGGAAAGAACUUUAUUUAAAGGCUUCUAAAAGGAAACGAUUAGAAAGCAUUGAUGAUAGAACUAUUGGAGUCCGGUCCCAUGGACAGGGGCGGCUUAGCCCAGGGCCGAACAGGUGACCAAAUAGUUCCGAACGAACCGCUCUGGGCCCUCGACUCGAUCAAUAAUAGUCCGCCCCAAACGGCCCUGUAUUCAUAUUGCUACAACCCGAACUAUUGGCAAGGGCAGGCGACCAGUCCGACGGAUAACUGCGCUCAAUUGCAGAUGCAGGCAGGUCCAUGAGCUUAGUCAAACUCCACGUCGAUUCAGGGAAGAAUAGUGUGAGAGGUUUCCCAUUGCCACUUUACACCACAGUGCCCGA